UCAUCAAUAAAACAUUGAAACCCUUGUCCCUCUCUCUCUCUCCAUCUCUCUUCAAAGUAAUGUGAAUCUCCCAGAUAAUAGCAAACUUAAUUAAGAGAACAUUUAAGUAUGAGUUGCAAUGGCUGUCGCGUGCUUCGAAAAGGUUGCAGCGAGAGUUGCAUCCUCCGUCCUUGCAUCCAAUGGAUCGAAUCCGCCGAAGCUCAAGGCCAUGCCACCGUAUUCGUCGCUAAGUUUUUCGGCCGUGCCGGUUUAAUGUCAUUUAUCUCCUCCGUACCGGAAUCUCAAAGCCCUGCUUUGUUCCAGUCCUUGCUCUAUGAAGCUUGUGGGAGAACUGUGAACCCAGUAAACGGCGCCGUCGGGUUGUUGUGGACAGGGAACUGGAGUAUCUGUCAAGCCGCGGUUGAGACGGUUCUUCGCGGCGGUUCUUUGAGACCCAUGCCGGAGCUUCUAACACGCGACGGUGGUUUCGGAGGGUUUCCGUCUACAACUUCCGACGAAGCAUCGGAGAUCUGCACGGAGAUGUUGAAUGAUUGCGGUGACAGGAGUGCCUACCACCACUGCCGAUUCUCGAGCUCUAGAACCAGUAGGCCUACCGCUUCUCCGCCUAAUCGGAAACGAUUAGCGUCAGAACAACAACAACGACAGUCGUCGGAGCUAGAUCUCUCUCUACUACCUACUUUCCCGAUCAAAACGACACCGCUUAAGGAGGAAACGGUUCGACCCGAAACACCGUCUAUGUACUCAGGGGAAUCCGUUACAACGACGCCGUUUAUGGACAACAUCGCUGGUGAAAGAUUCGUACGCGUAGGAGGAGAAACUACAAAGUUGCUCAACCUUUUUGCUUGAGCGGCCUUUAUGUAACUUUGUUUUUCAUAAUAUUUCGGUAAAAUGUGGCACGCCGGCAAAUUAAAUGAUUUUUCUAUAUAAUUAUGAGAUAUUAACCAAAGUUGAGAUUAA